CGCCGCUUCUCCAAUCUUCGAUUCGCUUCUCUUCUCUCGUGCUGCCAUCUCCCUCCUCCCUCUCGAGUCUCGAGCGCUGUGGUUUCUCUCCAUCGCGAGCUCUUCCUCCUUUCCUCGAGCGCGGUUUCGGCCAUGGCGGCGGCGGCGGCGCAGGCGGUCGCGAAGGGGAGCGUGGUGUCGCCGAGCGGCAACCGGGCCGCGCCGGGGCUACUGGACCGGCGGAGGGGCGCCGUGGCGGCGCGGAUGGCGCCGUCGGCGGUGCGCAUCGGGGGGACCUGGAGGAAGACCGCGUUCCUCGGCGGGAGGCUGGCGGUCGGGCCCAGGAGAUCCAGGUCCGCGCCCCGGACUCUCGUCGCGUCGCCGGUGCAGAUGAAUAUGAACCUUGCGAUUGGGAAAUCCAUGAGGUGGUGGGAGAAGGGGCUGCAGCCUAACAUGCGGGAGAUCGAGUCCGCCCAGGACCUCGUCGAUUCCUUGACCAACGCCGGCGACAGGCUCGUAAUCGUGGACUUCUUCUCCCCCGGGUGCGGCGGUUGCCGUGCUCUUCACCCAAAGAUUUGCCAGUUUGCGGAGCAGAACCCGGAUGUGCUGUUCUUGCAAGUGAACUAUGAGGAGCACAAGUCUAUGUGCUACAGCCUCCAUGUCCAUGUCCUCCCUUUCUUCAGGUUCUACAGGGGAGCUCAGGGACGGCUCUGCAGCUUCAGUUGUACCAACGCAACUAUCAAGAAGUUCAAGGAUGCCCUUGCAAAGCACAAACCAGAUAGAUGUAGCAUUGGCCCAACUAGGGGGCUGGAGGAAUCAGAGUUAUUAGCACUGGCCGGAAACAAGGACCUGCAGUUCACCUACACCAAGAAGCCAGAACUGAUCCCCAGUGGAGAUGCUGCUGCGGAGGUCAUUGCUCCCGAGCCUGCAAAGCUCCCUGCGGCAACAAAGCCGUUGGUCAGGCUGGGGUCCGAGGAUAGGUCUUGGUCUCAUCAGGAAGAUGAGAUGCAUGAUCAUCUUUAGGAUGAUCAGAUCCUUCCAUUCUGUACAGUUCCAUGGUUCUUGAUGUGUGCAGGUUGUAGCUCUCAUGGUAGUAGAGCGCAGGCCAAGAUUUUUACAUGUGAAGCCUGCCCGCCUGCCUGUCCUCCAGUAGUUUAGCUACUCUAGUUUGUAUUAGCAAUAGCUGAGUGGUGUUGUGGAGUUUCUGCCUCCUGUAUGGUAGUUGUGCGAAUGAAUUCGUCUGCAUGCUAUAUUUGGUCGCAUUUUAUAAAUUAUGUGGCUGAGUUCCUGCA